GCAUGUUGCCCAAGAUUCUGACGAUUGUAGUGGCUGUAUUUGCAGGCCUGGUUGCUGCCAGUGACGUAGUUGAGCUCACUCCCAAAAACUUUAAAGAGGUUGUUGGAGGUGACCAAGAUGUUCUGGUCGAGUUCUUUGCCCCUUGGUGCGGCCAUUGCAAGUCCCUUGCUCCCCAUUAUGAAGAGGUGGCCACUUCUUUUGUCAAACACAAGUCAUCUGUCGUUAUAGCCAAGGUUGAUGCUGAUGCUCACCGAUCUCUUGGAGAUGAGUUUGGAAUUCAGGGAUUUCCUACUUUAAAAUGGUUUCCAAAAAAGAGUCUGACUCCCACUGAUUAUACUGGCGAUCGAGAUGUUGCUGGUAUCUCUGAUUUCAUUACAUCAAAGACUGGUCUCAAGUCCAACAUCAAAGUCGUUACCACUGCUGUUAAAGUACUUACAUCUUCCAAUUUCAAGGAACAAGUUCUUGAUUCGGGGAAAAAUGUCCUUGUCGAGUUUUAUGCUCCAUGGUGUGGACACUGCAAGUCUCUUGCCCCCAUUUAUGAAAAGCUUGCGCAAACCUUUACUUUGGAAAGCAAUUGCAUUAUUGCCAACUUGGAUGCUACCAAAGCACAGGAUGUUGCUGACACAUACAAUGUCAAGGGCUAUCCUACAAUCCAGUUUUUCCCUGCUGGAUCUGAAACCCCAGAGUUGUAUGAUGGUAGUAGAGACGAGGACAGUUUUGUAAAGUACUUGAAUCAGAAAUGCGGUACCCACCGUGUUGCCGGAGGUGGUUUAAACGAAGAAGCUGGUCGUUUGGAAACUCUUGACUCUCUUGUUAAAGUCUUUAUGGCUGCUGACAAUGCCGAGCGUACCAAAAUGUCGGAAAUGGUUCCUGUCGAUGCCACUUCCAAAUACGCCAUGUACUAUUACAAGGUAAUGCAACGUAUUCUCAAGACUCCCGAAUUCGUUACCAAAGAAAUGAAGCGUUUGGAGCAUAUUUUGGCUGGAGGAAACACUACUCCCGAAAAGAAGGACGAUUUUGUGAUGCGUCUCAACAUUUUGCGUGUAUUCUCUGCUUUGCCAAGCUCAGAUGCCAGUGAAGAACUUUGA